AUGAACAACUUGCAAAGACAGGCACAGGGUUCACAUUCAACGAAGAAGACGGAGGUAAAAAUAAGUCAUUCCAUGAGGUGCUGCGUAUCACAACUAGCACACCACACAGUCUCUUUGAUCUUCUGCAACGUCCCAGUCACUCUUCUACACCAGUGCAGGACCAAAAUGCUUGUUGUGAAAGACAAAAUCGAGCCGCCAAGGCUUUGGCAAUAUCCUGCAGUCAUCAAGAACUCAGGAGAGUAG